AUGCCUCCUCAGCGCGAAUCCACCAAAUGUCCGCUCGCCUGCGAAUAUUGUAGGGUAGUGGGAUAUUUCCUUGUGGUAAUUGUACAGUCAGUGAUACUCAUCAGGGGUCUGGAAUCUCCAGGUGCUCACACAUCUCAGGAUCAUCAUGAGCCAUGUGUCUUUCCAGAGAAGCGAAAAAGGACAAGAAAACGCAAGGAACGCGAGAUAGAUAUGGAAGAUAGGUUGGCGCGAAUGGAAGAAUUACUCCGUGCCUCGGCUGCUCAGAACUCUAUCAGCGAGAGUCAGUCAAGUGGCAGGAUCAACUCCCCAGAUCUGUCGCAGGAACCAUGGAUGAGAAACACCGAGCAGAGUGUACAAAACAACUGCAACGGUGGGACCGCGGGACAGACGCCUCCGCAAUUGACCCCAUCGGCGCAGGAAGUCUCCAGCGCGACUAUCGUGGCCUCACCAUAUCCUGCCAUGUCUCUGAUUUUCCCAGAUGAAACAGAUUACAGCCAGCCGCUGGACCAGGACACCAUCACUAUUGAUGCAAGCUGUUCUCAGAUGCCGGCCGUUCAAACCACGAAUACCAUAUGCGCAGCAUCAAACUUUCGUGUGCCAGUCUCGCCACCAAGCACAACUGCAGCAGAACACACUGCGUCAAUCGAGGCUGGGGUAACAUACGCUUCUCCUCUAACUUUCUCUGCUAGGACCAGACUGAGAACCAAGGUAAGCAGUAGUGAAUUUAUAUAUGAUAAACAACAGAACUGGAAUUCACCUAAAGUUGACUUCAUUCCAGAAUGUGCCUCCUACCUAUCGAUAUGCACAUUCCCAGCAAUCAAGUGGGUAUCUAGCCAGGCAGGAAUGUCCGAUUUCCUCGUUAGUGCUAGGCGGUUAUCAAAGACAGUCAUGCAGGGAGAGAGCCUUGGCCAAGUAGUUGGCUCGGCGAGGACGGCAGAACCCAGUUACCAGGUGGCCAUGGAGUGGUCAAAAGCAUACUUUGACAGCUGCCUUGACUCAAUCUUCGGUAUCAUUCACCGAGAAGAUUUCGAAAACCGCCUUCGAGACCAUUUUCAAACAAAUCCGGAUUCCCGCUCAGAUGCAUCCUGGUACGCAUUGAGAAACACAAUAUAUGCUUCAGGCUGCCGGGUCUCUCUUUGUGCGGACUCGGGCCCAGAGUCUUUUUCCAGAUCGAGGGAACAAUCUUGGAAGUAUUUUGAAAAUGCACUCUCUGUCCAUACAGAGUUGUUAUAUGUCAGUACAGAUAUAAUGUCAAUCCAAGCCUUGAUUUUGAUGGCAUUCCAUGCAGAGGCUCUAGGAACACCUGCUCUUGAGUUUAUGUUAGUGUCAAGCGCGACUAGGUUAGCACAAGCCAAAGGACUACAUAUGCGAUACUCUCGAUCUAGUAAAGACAAUCAGACCGAUACUCUCUCAAAACAGUGUCUUUGGUGGAUUAUCUACGCGUACGAAAAACAUCUCGCUUAUCGAUCAGGGUUACCAUCGGCCAUUGAUGAUGACUCUAUGACAUGCUUAGUUCCUACAGAGCUGAGGCUCGGAUCCGGUACCACUAUGGAGUUCGUCAAGCAAACUAUCUCUCUCGCCCGGUUAUCGUCAUCUAUCACAAAGAGACUAAGUGCUGUUAAAGCCAUGACAGAUCCUCCAGAUGUACUACUUACGACAGUUCACGAUCUUGAUCAAAAACUCAAGAUGUGGCGAGAGGGGCUAGAUCCAACAUUCCAAAAGCAGCCCCCGUUUCGAACACAUUGCAUGCCUCAGAGUACUCAGGUAGCGCAUAUGCUCUACCUCCACUACAGCUACCAUGCUUUGUUGAUAGCAGUACAUGGAGUCUUCUGCUAUCCAUGGAACAGGCCUGAUCUCCAAAACAACGAAAAGCCCGAGAUCAAGGCCCAAGUGCAGAGAAGCACUGAGGCAGUAGCGGAGUCUUCGCGACAGAUCAUAAUUGCUGUGCAACAUGUCGAGAUCACUGCAGCCUUGCCUGUCUGGCUCACCUUUUACUUUCCUCUUGUGGGGUUGAUCAACAUGUUUGUUUGCGUUCUCAAGAACCCACUCAAUCCUUCUACUAUGUCGAACCUCGCUUUAAUGGAUAUCGUGGUCGGCCAUUUUGGCUACGUUGAGUUCUUGUCCUCGUCAAAACUAGAUCUUUCAUUCCCGAGAGAGGUUGCGUCAUAUGCAAGAAACCUCGUAAAGAAUGUGAGGGAGGAGAACGAUCAUAGCAACUCAACCAGUCAGUCAUUAAAUGUGCAGUCAUCGGUCCCUGCCCAGGAUCCAAUUGGAACAGUAGAUAUGUCAGUGUUCGACCCUGUGCUAGGACUAGAAGAUUGGUGCACAUUCCUGCCUUCGAUUCCAUCACUCGAUAUAUUUGAAGAGCCCUUUCUCGGAGACCGAGGCUAA